CUGUUUUGUACUCUUAGUUACCUUUCCUGUAUUGCAGCAUCUGCUUAGCUCUUAUUUGGCUUUUAUUAGUAGUAGCUGACGUGUAGGAGGAGGAACAGAAACUGGUACUUGAUUAGCAGAUCUUGGAAGCAGGGACACCACCUGAGGAAGUCUGCAAGAGGUGGUCAACCAGCAGCAGUCACAUCUCCUUUAUGGAUUCAGGCUAGCAGGAACAGCCUGGUGGGGUCCAUCUUGGAUAGACGCGGAUGAUGCCAGAGCUAUGACAGGGAUUGCAGUCUUGGCACUGAGGGGUGAUCAAUUAUGGAACAACUACAGGAGGAAGUACCUGAGGUCAAGGAAGAGGAAGAGGAAGAGGCAGUGAUGGUGGCAAGGGGAGCUUCAGACCCAACUGGAGGACCAGACAGCUCGCUGCCUUCAAGCAGCUACACAGACCUGUCACAGAGCUCCUCUCCCUCGCUGUCGGACCAGCUGCAGAUGUGCUGCGAGGAGGCGGCGCUGGGAGCGCUGAACGUGGAGUGCAGGGUCUGCGGAGACAAAGCCUCGGGCUUCCACUACGGCGUGCACGCCUGCGAGGGCUGCAAGGGGUUCUUCCGCCGGACGAUCCGCAUGAAGCUGGAGUACGAGAAGUGUGAGAGGAGCUGCAAGAUUCAGAAAAAGAACCGAAAUAAGUGCCAGUACUGCCGCUUCCAGAAAUGCCUCUCGCUGGGCAUGUCACACAAUGCAAUCCGCUUCGGGCGCAUGCCAGAGGCAGAGAAGAGGAAGCUGGUGGCAGGGCUGACGGCGAGCGAGAUCAGCUGCCAGAACCCACAGGUGGCUGAUCUGAAAGCUUUCUCCAAGCACAUCUACAAUGCCUACCUGAAGAAUUUCAACAUGACCAAAAAGAAGGCAAGAGGUAUCCUGACCGGGAAGGCCAGCAGCACCCCACAGCCUUUUGUGAUCCAUGACAUGGACACCUUGUGGCAGGCGGAGAAGGGGCUGGUGUGGAAGCAGCUGGUGAAUGGCAUCCCCCCCUACAAGGAGAUCGGGGUGCACGUCUUCUACCGCUGCCAGUGCACCACGGUGGAGACGGUGCGGGAGCUCACCGAGUUCGCCAAGAGCAUCCCCAGCUUCAUCGGCCUCUACCUGAACGACCAGGUGACCCUGCUCAAGUACGGGGUGCACGAGGCCAUCUUCGCCAUGCUGGCCUCCAUCAUGAACAAGGACGGGCUGCUGGUGGCCAACGGCAACGGCUUCGUGACCCGCGAGUUCCUGCGCAGCCUGCGCAAGCCCUUCAGUGAGAUCAUGGAGCCCAAGUUUGAGUUUGCUGUGAAGUUCAACGCGCUGGAGCUGGAUGACAGUGACCUGUCCCUGUUUGUGGCUGCCAUCAUCCUGUGCGGAGACCGCCCUGGCCUGAUGAACGUGAAGCAGGUGGAGGACAUCCAAGACAACAUCCUGCGAGCGCUGGAGUUCCACCUGCAGUCCAACCACCCGGAUGCCCAGUACCUCUUCCCCAAACUGCUGCAGAAGAUGGCUGACCUGCGACAGCUGGUGACAGAGCACGCCCAGCUGGUGCAGAAGAUCAAGAAGACAGAGACAGAGACAUCUCUGCACCCACUUCUGCAGGAGAUCUACAAGGACAUGUACUGAGGACCUGUUAUUUAUGAGAAUGAAGCCAUGGAUUCCCAUCAAGACUCUUUGUAAAGAAACAAAGAAAACCCUUCCCAGUGUCUUCCAUUUCUCCUACUGGAAACUCUUUUCUAUGUGACCCUGACAUACGGUACAUAGGGCAAGAUUCCGUCAGGAUUUGCAGCUGCCUCCUGCUCGGCCAGGGCUUCCAUUAACACACACUAACAAAUCUGCAAAGCUGCUGUUCCCAUUCCUAUGGCCCAGCUCUGGCUGCUGCUGGAGCAAAGCAGCCACCAGGUUUACAUGGCUCAGGCAGGAAGGUCACUGUGGCACCUCAGGUCCCCAGGGUGGGGAGCUCUUGGUCCUUAGGAGGGCCAAGGGGGUGCAGGGGCCAGCAGGGCCCACAGCAGCACUUAUGGUGUGUCUGUGCUCUCUUGUUCAUUUGCACUCCCAAGGACGUGGUCCUGAGCCAUGAAGUCUGGGACAGUGUGAUGAAAGGAUGUUUCUCUCUUUCCCAAAGAAAAGCUGGAGUAUUUGAACACAGGUCGGGCUGUCCCACAGCUGCAGCCCCGCCAUGCUCUGCAGUGUGUUCUGUCUCCCAGCAGGACUGUGUAAACUCUGCCUUCCCAGGUGCAGUGUGGGAGCCUUUGCUCCUGGCACCCUCAUUCCUUAGGGAACGUGUCCCUUGGCACCUCAGUGUGAGAGGCUGGGAUGGGGAAGUAGGAGGGAAAGGAUUGGACUCCUUAACAUUCGCCUUCAGAGCAGUGGCACAGAAUCCAUGGCUUCCACAGGCUGUUCUGCACAGACAUGAUUAUGAAAUUGGUGUGUGGAGGGUCAAGGGCCUUGAGGUGGUCACAGUUUGGUGUCUUGCCUCAGUUUCCCCUCAGAAAGGGACCUGGAUUGUCACAUGCUGUCUGCUCAGAGCAGGAGCAUGAGGAUCUGUCAGUGCAUUGGUUGCAGAGCUUUGCAGCUGUAAAUGCCAAGGAUUUAUAAACAGGGAGGGGGUGAUUGGGGUGCUCUCAAUGGUCAGGAGCUCCCCAGUGAGCGUGGCUGUGUCAGGGAAGCUUCCAUUCCUCCUCUGCCACUGUUCCCAAGAGUGGGAACAGCUCCAGGCAUAGGGGUCUGCCUGAAGCCAGCAUCAUUCUGUGAUUUUGCCUCACAACUUCUCACAGCUGUAGUGAAACACCACCGUGCUGCCUGGGCCAGGCCAGGCCCCUGGUGUGGGGUUUGUGUCACUUGGGCUUCGGGCAGGGGGAGGAUGGACCUUUUCAGUUUCCCUUUUCAGG